GUCACUUCCGGAGCCAUGGCGGUUGUGUGCGGGUGGGGGCUGAUGGCUCCUCUCGGUGGGCGGUUGCUGGCCGGCCAGCGGGCUCCCUUAUUGUCCCGGUCUGUUGCUGCUGCUGCUGCCGCGCCGCUCUACGAUGUGGUGGUGUCUGGUGGGGGCAUGGUCGGGAGCGCCAUGGCCGCCGUGCUCGGGCACGAUAUCCACUUCCAUGAUAAGAAGAUCGCUUUGCUGGAGGCUGGUCCUCGGAAAGAAUACAACUAUGUGCCAGACACCUACAGUAACAGGGUCAGUUCUAUCUCCCCAGGAUCAGCAACCCUUCUAAGCAGUUUUGGUGCCUGGGAUCACGUCUGCAGCCUGAGAUUGAAACCAUUCCAGCGAAUGCAGGUGUGGGAUGCUUGUUCAGAAGCCAUGAUCGUUUUUGAGAAAGAUGACUUAGAUGACAUGGGUUAUAUAGUGGAGAACGAUGUCAUUAUGUCUGCUCUCACAAAACAGUUAGAUGUAGUAGCAGACCGGGUGGAGGUUUUCUACGGGAGCAGAGCAGUGGGGUAUACGUGGCCCCUCCCCUCUCACAGCUGUGGCACAAGCCCUUGGGUCCAAAUUGAGUUAGCUGAUGGACGCAGACUUCAGGCCAAACUGCUGAUCGGUGCAGAUGGUCAUAACUCUGUAGUCCGGAAGGAAGCUGAAAUUAAGAACAUUGAGCAUCAGUAUGACCAGUCAGCUGUGGUGGCAACUCUUCAUUUGUCUGAGGCCACAAACAAUAACGUAGCAUGGCAGAGGUUCCUUCCUACAGGGCCAAUAGCACUUCUUCCGUUGUCUGACACUGCCAGCUCUCUGGUCUGGUCUACGUCUCAUGAACACGCAUCAGAACUUCUUGCUAUGGAUGAGGAAAGUUUUGUGGAUAGCAUCAACUCUGCCUUUUGGAGCAAUGUAAACCACUCUGACUUCAUUGACACUGCUGGGGCCAUGUUCCGAUCUGCUCUUUCAUUCUUGAGGCCCUCAGGGAGUGCAGUCCGUCAGCUACCCCCAAGCAUUGCUAAAGUGGAUCCAGAGAGCCGAGCCAUGUUCCCUCUUGGAAUGGGGCAUGCAACAGAGUAUGUCCAGCACCGCGUGGCCCUGAUUGGGGAUGCAGCACACAGAGUCCACCCACUUGCAGGACAAGGUGUAAACCUGGGCUUUGGUGAUAUUGCAUGUUUAGCUCAUCACCUCAGUGCCGCAGCCUUCAAUGGGAACGAUCUGGGGUCCUUAAAACAUCUCUUAAAGUUUGAGACAGAGCGUCAGAGGCACAAUGUCUCCUUGAUAGCUGCUACUGAUGUCCUAAAGAGGCUUUACUCCACGAAGCUGGCUCCCUUGGUAUUGCUGAGGACGUGGGGAUUGCAAGCAACAAAUGCCCUGCCUCCUGUCAAAGAGCAAAUCAUGGCUAUUGCCAGCAAGUGACAUGCUGUCAGUUUGGAACAGCAUCUUACCUGUGAACACGUUGCCCUUACAAGGCGAAUGACUGACUCGAAUCCUUGAAUUGUGUUAUUUUAAUUUGACAAUAAAACUGUUAUCCAUGGGUUUAUGCAAAAGUUGUGUCUCAUCUGCUCUCCUCAAGAGGAUUUAGGGUCUCUUCCUGUAGUACCAUGAUGUCUUCAGCCCAGAACAAUCUGUACAAUGUGCUUUCAAUUUGGGCCUCUUGGGUUGAAGACUGAGGUGGAAACAGUUGCAAACCCAGUGCUGAACUGUGCCAGCUACAAUUUUUACUGCUUAAUUACUUUUGGUU